UUGUUGACCACGGUUGCCAGGACAGCGGCGCACUGUUCCCCGCCUCCAUUGGUGACGUCGAGGGACCGGCGCCCAAUGACAAGGCCGCUGGGCGUCACGUACCGCCUCUCCCGGCGGGCAGCGCCUCCGCGGCAGAGGGAAGCGGCGUCGAAGGUGCGGGGAGGCCGGCUCGGUGGCGGCCGCGGCGAGUUACAUCGUUUCCCGAGCUGUCCGCGUCCGCCGCUGCCCGGCGCAGAGCCAGAAUGUUCAGGAUGCUAAGCAGCAGCUUUGAGGACGACCCUUUCUUCUCUGAUUCUUUUCUGGCACACCGAGAAAGUAUGCGGCAGAUGAUGAGAAGUUUUUCUGAACCUUUUGGAAGAGACAUGUUCAGUAUCUCUGAUGGUAGACAGAGAGCUCGUAAUCGCACAAGACACAAUGAUGGGGAAGAGGCCUUGACUGCAACAAGCUUUUCUCUUGUGCCUUUUGGGAGUUUUGGUGGCAUGCACACAGAUGUCAGCCCUUUUCAGGCAAUGGACCGGAUGAUGUUAAAUAUGCGAAACAGUAUGCAGGAAUUACAAAGAAACUUUGAUCACCUUUCAGUGGAUCCAAAUGGACAUUCAUUUUGUUCUUCCUCAGUUAUGACUUACUCCAAAACAGGAGAUGAACCACCAAAGGUUUUCCAGGCCUCAGCUCAAACCCGCAGGGCUCCAGGAGGAAUAAAGGAAACCAGGAGAGCAAUGAGAGAUUCUGACAGUGGACUAGAAAAAAUGGCUGUUGGUCAUCACAUCCAUGAUAGAGCUCAUGUUAUUCAAAAGUCAAAGAACAACAAAACUGGAGAUGAAGAGGUCAACCAAGAGUUCAUCAAUAUGAGUGAAAGUGAUGCUCAUGCAUUUGACAAUGAGUGGCAAAAUGAGAUUCUGAAGUAUAAACCAGGGAGACAGUGGCACAAUCUAGAAAACACUAGAAUGCGAAGUGUCAGUCAUGAGAAUUCAGGAGCCAGAGAACUUAAAAGAAGGGAGAAACGUCUUCAAAGUUCAGCCAUCGAAAAUAAAAGAAGAUCAGACGUUUUUGUGGACAGACUCAACAUCAAAGGAUCACCUGUGAAAAUCAACAAAAAAUAAACAGCCAUGCAUUUGAUUUGUUAAGUUUGGGUUGUUUUAACAGAGAAAGUAAUGGUGCUGGGUAUUAAUACGUAAGACCAAUCUCCUGUUGUUAAAUCAGUACUGUACUUUGCAACUUUCUUCUGUUAUCUGAAUGUUGUUGGCAGUUCUAGCUUUAUGUUGUUCCUACUUGAGGAAUAAAACUUUGAUUUUUCAGUGUGAUUAAAUUGUUAAACAUUCUUAAAACUCUUAAGACAUAUUAAUUUCUAAAGGCCAUAUCCUGAUUUUGCUUUCUGAAUUACUCUUGUAUUGGCUGUAUUCUUGUACAUUUAUCAAAGUUGAUUAUAGAGCUGGUUCUAUCGUUUAUAGUUAUGAGAAAGUAAAAUCUUACAAAUGGAUCCAGUUUCCACUAACACCAUGCUAGAAUGGUAGGAGCUGUGAGCGUGAUGCACACCUACCGUUGUAACCCUCGAGUUGGCGAGGCAGAAGGGAUGAAAUUCAAGGCCAGUUUGGGCUACAGACAGAGACCCUGUUUCAGAAAAAGCAAAUCAAAUAAAAGAAAUCAUUAUUCUAGAGCGAUGUUAAUAAUGGUUUAAACAGUUUAUCUCAAAUUUUAUACUGUUAUAUAGCCAACUAGCUUAAAGCUUUAAAAAUAAUAAAGCUAAUACUAGUACUGUUGUGUAAGAAAUUAUUAGUAGUUAUCUUGAUAAAGUCAAGAAUAAUUAAAUAGUUCAUUUUUAUAGAAAAGUACAAAUUGCUAAUGUACACAAAUUUUUUAUUAUAAUUUCUUUGUACACUACUCUUUUAUAUUACAUAACAUUCAAAAGAAUUUGUAUUCACAGAAACCUGAAAACUUCUUUAGGCAGCGUAUUUCUGUUCUUUCCCACAAACAAGUUUGACGUACUCUGAGAUUAACAUUUUAAAGUUGGAGAGUCCUUGGAGGCACUCUGCCUUGGCCUUUUCUGACAUUUAGAAAAAUGCAUUCAUUAGUGUGACGACUAGAAUGAUGAAGGAUGCCAAAAUGUUAGAAGGUGUUUUUGAGCAAAAUGUUUAAUAGUUCAGUUGUUCUUCUUUUAAUUGUACCAUUAAAAAAUUUCAACCCAGGUUUUUUUACUCAAGAAUUCACACAUUACUCUAUUUUUACAAAGGCUAGGAAAGAAAUUUAUAAGAAUAAAAAAUCUGAACUCCUAUAUCCGUUGCUUAAGACAAAAAAAAGUCCACUAUCAUGGUGUAAUUCUAAGUAUUUUUUCUUUGUAAGUUAGAAGUAAAAUUAUGUGACUGUCCUCA